GUGGCGGCACUCUGCAUCUACACGCCGAAGUGUACACGCUGGUCCAUACCUCGCAUAGAAACGUUUUGUACUGUCCUCUUCCCCUUCUCUCCCCCCGCGAUGGCAACCUCAAGCGCUCAACUAGAAGGGUCCUCGAUGGCAGACGCGCCGUCAUCGACCACGUCUGCUGCACGGCCCUCUCCUUCCUCCGCCUUCAAAUCCAGUGAAAGCGCAACUCCGUAUGGGGUGUCGGUGGAACAACUGGAAGCGCUGUCCGCUAUGGCCUACCUUCUCGCGUCGCCUCUUCAACGUCAGCAGCCGUGUGGCAGUGACGCAACGCAUCCUGCGCUGCUGGUGGCCGCCAGGUUGCUGCAACACGGUGUGGAUCCGGAGCGCGUUAUUCAGUUGGUGGAGUGUCGGUACGAAGAUUCAGCUAGCAAGUGA